AUGAAUACUGCUCAGUAAUAAAAUAUGUAUUUAGAAUUUCUAAGUUUGGCAGCAAAAUUAAAGACUACUGUUAGACAUAGUUGGCCCUUAGGUAAAAAUGAAAGAAGGGAAAGUGUUGGCGAUCAUUCUUGGAGAUUAGUUCUAAUGAGUUUGCUUUAUGCUGAUAAAUUAAGUUAACCUGUUGAUCCUUUAAAAUGCGUUUUAAUGGCUUCAAUUCAUGAUCUUCCUGAAGCAUUAUGUGGUGAUAUUCCUAUAAUCAAUUAAGAUAAAAAUGUUAAAAAGUAAAAAGACAUUUUAGAACACUAAGCUCUAAUAAAAAUGACUGAGAGUUUAGAUGAAGAUAUAAAAAAUAAAUUAAGAAAUGCUUAUGAUGAGUACGAAGCUUAAUAAACAGUAGAGUCUAAAUAUGUGAAAGCUUUGGAUAAGAUAGAAGCAUUCUAGUAACACAAUUUAGAUCCUCUAGAUACAUGGGAGUAAAAAGAAAAAGAAAUGCUUUUUUAGGAUCGUUAUUUAAUGAAACAUUGUCAAUUCGAUCCCUUUUUAAAGUAACUAGCUUAAAAAGUAAUUGAUGAUGGUAUUUAAAAGUUGAAAGAUGCAGGAGAAGAUGUAGAAAAAAUAAAAGAAGAGGCUAUUUAAAAAGAUAAAUUGAUAGACUUUUGA